CCUCACUACCUCUCCAGGAAAAUACGUCAGGUUGGCAGGAGCCCUCAAUCUGCCCUAAUGGGCACUUGUUCACAUGCCUUUUGCUACCAGACCGAUCCUUGUGAACCUCUAAACCCUCACCUCACCACCACCUUUCACACAUUGCUCCCUCUUCAUCAGCUGUCUCCGAUGAAUUGGGAUCCUUCAUCUAUUUGAAAGGAAAACAAAACUGCUCCAAGGAGAAAGUGUUGAGUCGUCCCGAUUCUUUCUCGUCAUAGACUGCCGUACCUAUGUUCCUUGUCCUUUCUACACCUGCAUCCCAACGCCUCUUCACGCCCCUACGUUGAGACUCCUGGACGAAUUAACCUCUCCACUGCAGCCUUGAAAGCUCUCCUUUCUUCCUUCUCAAUUCUAUUACAAUCUUCCUCAAGACCUCCUCAUUCCAUCUCGAGCGCCGGCAUCAGAACCAUCCUCAUCCGAACACUGCGGAGCCUUCACCAGUCGGACCUGUGCCCUCCCAGUGCUCCUUGCCAGCUUCCUGGCCACGCAAAAUCGCUGCUGCACACUGUCCAACGGCAUGUGGAACGCGUAGAGGUCGUCUCAUUUGAUUGAGAGAUCUUCUUGCGUUCCAUCGGGUUCCGCAGCCCAAACAAAGAACGUACGGUCUUGUGCUGGUCCAUGAUCCUCCAUUUUUCGGUAACGGUCCCUCACGAAUAUACAUAUAUCGCCCUCCUUGCCUUGCAGCUAGCCUUUCAUCUGCGAUAUUCGAUCUGAGCCUGCGAUGAACCAUGCUAGCAAGGAGAGCAACAAUCGACAACUAGAUUCUGGUCAUGAUUAUACCUCCAAAAUACCUUCCAAAUCAUCUCAGCCACCUAUAAAGAUGGCGUCAAGGCAGACUGUGGAUACCGGUUGGGGCUCCGCCGAUACUCGGAUUUACUAUGCAAAGAAGUACAGACAGAUGUUGUCUUCUGCACCUGCUUGUGCAUUGGCUGUUGUUGCGGGGGCACCGUUGGAGAAUGUCAAAGUCCGCAUGCAAUCGCGGUAUUUUCCAAACGCAUGGCAAGCCACAAAACACACAUAUCGAACAGAGGGGAUUCGAGGUUUCUGGGCUGGCACGCUGAGCCCAUUGGUAUCCAUCACAACCUCUCGGGCUUUGGGCUUUUCCAUUUAUCGAAAAGCAAAGUAUUCCUUUGAUCGAUGGAUUGAAGCAGCUACAGGCUCUUCUCCCCUCCAGCACGUCAAUAAGCCUGGAACAUAUCCGAAUUCUGCCACAUUACUCUGUUUCACUGGAGCAGGCAUGGUCUCGGGUGGUGUGACGGCGGUCGCUCUGACCCCGGUCGAGUUGAUCAAGAAUGCCACACAAUCUUCAGUACUCAUGGCCUCUUCCAACAAUCCGCCGGGUACCAGCAAUCCCAACGUGAAGAACUAUGGCAGGGUGAGCUCCUGGGGUUCUAUGAAGCGAAUCAUUGAACGGCGCGGCGUUUUUGGACUCUGGACGGGCUUCAGGUUGCAUCUCGUUCGAGAUGUCAUCGGCAGUGGCAUAUAUUUCGGUGUUUAUGAGACUACGAAACAGUCUCUCAACUCGUACUACGGGGCAGAAAAGGCCAAUACCCCGGGUGCCAUUGCCGUCGCGGGAGCCAUUUGUGGUAUUGGUGCAUGGGUCGUGACCUAUCCUCUUGAUACGAUGAAGACACGAGCCCAGAACAACCUAGUGGGCUCCACAUCGACGCCAAAAAAGCCAACAAACCCCUUGCCGCAAAUUUCGACCCCAACCGACUCGGGAACUCUUGUGACUAACGCAGCAAAGACUGCCGUCCGCAGUAGUAAGUGGAAAGGGGUGGAGAUGAUCAUCCUCCGCUCCAGCAUCCAGAAUAUGAUUCAAAUGUCGUUUUUCGAACAAGCAAAGGUUGUCAUCGACAACCUGAGUUUUAGUGAUGGAAGUAAGACCUUGCCCGAAGUCGAGAGAGAGUUUGGCAGGGACAGCAAGAUUUCAAAAAACGACAAGCUAUGAGACAUGUCUAUGUACAUGACUUUGAGGAUGACGACAUGUCUGGUGGCAUCUAGGAAAACCAUGUUUGAUGGAUGGAUGGUUCGAGGAUCCGACCUGCUGGAAACGAUUGAAGGGUCUCAAACAGAUUUGUACAUGUUUAUUAGUUGUUCGUGGGCCCGCACGAGGGAUAUUGAACUCGGGCUGGAAAGGACCGAUAGAUAGUUUAAGGAGCCCAUGAUCAAGAUAUACGAAGCGAAAGAAGCCUAACUCAGAAUCAGAACCAGGAGGAUCUAUUAAAUAGGAACGCGGUCGUGUAUGAGGUAAAGAUAUAUCAUGCCAUGACAAAC